AUGGGCUGCAUUCUGUCGUCAUCAAAUGAUUCCGGUGGAAAUCGAAGGAAGCCGGGGAGUAUUGGAGAUGUUUCUGUCUAUGUUCCCGGUCUAAGAAUUCCUAAACCAGUUGAUUUUGCACAGUCACUUGGUGAUUAUUUGUCGAAGAGCACAGUGGAACGCUUAUCUGCUCUUAGAACUCGUAUAGUUGUAAUGGCUGGUCAAGAAGGUCCUACAGUUACAAGAACAAAAAGAAAAAGUGCAACACAACAUGGAGGUUCAACAUUGGCUGAUCUUCUACAGGCUCUGGAAGACUACUUACCGGUACUUUUGGGAUUAGUCGAUGAUGGAAGCAAUUUACAAUACAAAGUACAAUUUAUAUGGGUGAAUCAAGAGGAUGAAGCAGAGGAAACAGCGAUGUCUAAUGCUUGGUAUGAAGUGUUGUCAGUUUUGCACUUGAUGGCAACACUAUUGUUAUCACAGGCUAAUUUAUUACUUCUUCCAAGAACAUCCACCGAUGGUUCUCAGCCAAAAGUAUCAGAAGAAAACAGACGAGCCUCUGUUGAUAUCUUCUUAAAGUCAGCUGGAUAUCUUGAUUGUGCUGUCAGAGAUGUUCUUCCACAGUUGCCUGCUGAGAUCAGGAGAAAUUUACCAGUAGACCUCGCAGAGGGAGUUCUUCGAGCACUCUGUCUACAAACAUUGGGACAGGGCGUAGAUAUCCAACUUGGAAUGGCAAUUGAUAGCACCAAAGCCACUCUUGCGGUGAAGCGUAGACUUGCAUGUGAGAUGGUGAAAUAUUGGCAACAGGCUCAAGAUAAUAUUACGAACCUUCCGCUAGCAAAUGGUUGGGGUGAAAAACACCGUCUUUAUGUCAAAUGGAAGUAUAUUGAAUCAAAGGCUGCGGCAUAUUAUUAUCAUGGUUUGAUUCUUGACGAGGGAAAUACAGAAAAAUCUCAUGGGAUGGCUGUAGCUGCUCUACAAGCAGCAGAUGAGUAUUUCAAAGAGAGUAAGAAGCUCUGUGAGGCAUUCAACGCAGCGGCUCCAUUGUCAAGGAACCCACCACUUUGGGGGACCAUGAAAUACCUCUCUGAGAAAAUUCCCAAGGAUACUUCAAGCAAGGUUCGAAUAAACCGCGAUCUAUACACUUACGAAAGAAUCAUGGAAACGGCGCCGACAUUGCCUGAUUUUGCAUUGGCCUUGAAACCAGACGAUUAUCAGCUUCCACAAGUGAGUCCUUCAUGGAGAACAGAAAAUGUGAAAGGAGGACAAACUGGCUCCCCCAACAACAAUAUCAAGGGAUGA